AUGGCGCUCGAGAAGUUGGUUUAUGGAUUGGUUCUUAUGGCUCGACGGUUACGAUCUUACUUUUUAUCAUAUCCAAUCACAGUGUUAACCAACAGUACCAUGGGAAGAGCACUGACUAAUAUGGAAGUUGCAGGUCAGCUUAUUAAAUGGGCCACAGAGUUAGGGGAAUAUGACAUACAGUACCAGCCGCACACUGCUAUCAAGGCACAGGCCCUGGCAGAUUUCUUAACAGAAGUACAUCAAAUCAGCCCUGAAGAAACAUGGAAGAUCUAUGUGGAUGGGUAUGCUAAUCAUUAUGGAAGCGGGGUAGGAGUCCUGGUAAUAUCUCCUCAAGGGGAUAUACUCCAGGUGGCAGUGCGAUUGAAUUUCCGAGCCACGAACAAUGAAGCAGAGUACGAGGCUUUAUUGGCUGGAUUGCAAGCAGCUCGGCAUGUUGGGGCAGCUCGGGUAAUCAUCUAUUCCGAUUCCCAGUUGGUGACUCAGCAGGUGGCAGACAACUUUCUUAUAAAUUGUGAUAAAUUGCAAAUGUAUCGGGAAGCCUACGAGAAGAUGAAGGCAGAAUUUGCAGAGGUCACUGUCACAAAGAUACCCCAGUCGGAGAAUGAGAGGGCAGAUGAGUUAGCCAAGAUGGCCAGUUCUUUAACUACUUGGGUGCUGGAUCGAUCAACGGCACAAACCUUUUUGAUAGCCCAGAUAGAUUUGCAAAACAACGCAGAAGCAACUAUUGAUUGGCGGGCACCCAUGAUCAGUUAUCUCAGGCAUGGUAUCUUACCGACCGACCCCGAGGAAUCUAGGUUGAUAAGAAGGCAGGCUCAUGCUUAUGUAAUGAUCGGAGACCAGCUCUACAAGAGGUCCUUCUCCCGACCCUUACUUAAAUGCUUGAGUAUGGAGGAAGCCAAUCAGGCCUUACGAGAAAUACAUCUAGGAUGCUGUGGUAACCAUGUAGGAGGUCGGACAUUAUCUCGCAAAGUGCUCCUGGCCGGGUAUUUCUGGCCUACUUUACAGAAGGAUGCUCACAAAUUUGGUAUUCCUCAUAAGUUGGUGUCUGACAAUGGGAGACAAUUUCAAGGACAGAGGAUACAGGCCUGGUGUAAGGGAUUUGAUAUAACUCAAGAUUUCACUUCAGUAGCUUAUCCUCAAAGCAAUGGUCAAACUGAGGUAAUUAACAGAGAAAUAGUUCAAGGUUUGAAGGUCAAACUAGAUCAUGUUGGUGGCAAUUGGGUGGAAGAGCUGCCCAGUAUUCUGUGGGCUUAUCGUACAACACCUCGGGAAAGCACAGGUCUGACGCCAUUUCACUUGGUCUAUGGUAAUGAGGCGGUGGUACCCAUAGAAAUUGGAGUACCUUUGGUCAGAAGGACAUUAUAUGACGAAGGAAAUGCAGAACGGCGGCUAGCUGAGCUGGAUCUUAUUAGUGAGACCCGCGAUCAAACAGUGGCGCGGUUGGAGGCCUACCGACAAAGAAUGAGGCAAAAUUACAACAGAAGAAUAACUCCCAGAUUCUUCGGAGAAGGAGAUUUGGUCUGGAAGCAAAUCAAGCCAGUAGGGGAUGUGACGAAACUAGCACCACAAUGGGACGGACCUUAUAAAGUCAUUAAAAAACUAGCCUCUGGAGCCUAUUAUUUAUAA